AAGAUUCAUUAUUGCAAGAAAGAAAUUUUGAUUGAUAUCGACAUAGACAAAUAUGUUAAACUCCAUUCUUAUGACGGAACACCUUAUUGUAUAUUAGGCGAUGAGACUUUAAUCUUUCUUGAAUCAAAUAAAUUUAAUGAUUAUCAAAAAAAAAAUAUGAUGUUUGUGGGGAUUUUACAUAUUGUGCCAUGUGCUUUUACGAUUUUCACAGAGACGAUAUAUCUGAAACUAAAGGAAUAUUUGAAAAAGUGA